GUUCCCUCCCCUCUUUCGACUUUAUGUUCUUUCUUCCUGCGAAAAAGUCUCGCUGGUCUUCUUUUUGUGCGCCACGUCGUUUUUCUUCCGCGCCUUCUCUUCUGGAUCGUCUCCCGCUGUCCUCCCUGUUUUUGCGCCUCCUCCGGUAUCAUCUUGCGUUCCCUGUAAAAACUACAACUUUCCUUGCUUCCCCUUCUUUUUCCUAGACUUGAAGCGCCUUUUUAUGUUAUUCUUCUGCAGCCUUCUCUCCUUUCGCCGCGGUGUCGGGUUCUCCUGUCUUGGCGCGCGCCAGUGACGACGCCGACGCGUGUGAAGCUCGUUGCCGUUUUCUCACGCUUCGUUUCGCAAUUUUCUGGAAAACGACUCUGUCUCCACCUUUCUGUCCAACGCAUCUAUGCGACAAGUGUCUCAGGUCUGUUUGUGCGUGGAUGUCGCCAUAGAUUUCAAGGUCGACCCCCAUUUGUUGUCCUCGUCGAGGAACGAAGACGGAGAGGCAGCUCAGGCCGUUGUCUUCUGUCUUUCUCUCUUCUCCCGCGCUUCCUUCCUGUUAAUCCAGUCUCCAUCUUUCGUCGCUGUCUGCCGGUCAAAAUCGCAGGACACUUUGUCGGAGUCUUCUUUCUCGGCUUGCUGGUUUGCUGCGCUCUUCUGCUGUGCUUGGAAAAACCGUCAGAAUGGGGGAUGGCAGCAGCGACUCAGACGUCCCUUUGAAGAAGAGAAGGAUGAAGAGCGAGCCUCAGAGAGAGGAGGAUGAAGACUCGGAAGACGCGAUGCCGCUGAAGAAAAGAAGGACGACUGCGAAGAACCAGCGCCCCUCGAAGACGGUCCAGGAGGAAGAGGUCUCGACCAGUGAAGACGACAACGACGACAGCGAUCAUGAAGAAAAGCCGGCGAAGAAGAAGGCGCGUGGAAAGGUUCCAAAAUCGCCAGCGACGAAGAAGACAGCAGCCAAGGGCCAGGCCUCGGCGGCGCGACCCAAAGCGAAGAGAAGAGCAACGAAAUCUCCGUCGACGGAGACCAAGAGCCGCAGCCGCACAACCGCAGCAGGGACGAAGAGGAGUUGCGGUGGAGGAGCGAGAGGGAAGAAAGAGAACAAAGACGAAGGAGAAGAAGAGGAAGACAUUCCCAACGAUGCGCGAAAAUACUUCAAAGACGGACAAAAACACAUCACGCCACCCAAUGGAGAAGGAACUCGUGCGUUCUACGAGAGUCUGUAUGAAGAGAACCCGAACAGUCUCAUCGCUCUGAGAUACGUGAUCGAGUACGGUGUUCUGACAGGAACAAAGCUGCACGAAUCUCUGCCGAAAUACGCUUUGCUUCGCGAGUUGGGAGCCUUCAAAGGCGCAGGCGGCGGCGUCCAGCCUGAAUUCAAGGACGGACUCAACGAGCAGCAAAACAAGGCAGCCCGCAAAGCUCUCGAGGCAAAAGGUUGGGCAGGACUGAAAAAGAAAUAGGCUCCCCAUUUCUAUCGAAGCUCGUCUUAGGUUUUCUUAGUCACGCUCACGGUCGUUUUCUUCAGCGUUAGUGACUUUUUGCCGCCGUACCCUCUUCUGUUAUGUCUCAAAGGAAUGCGGUUUCAAGGUCCGUAGACUGUGUUGGACUUGCAUGAAAUAAACAGUAGGUUUUUGGCUGGCUCUCCGAUACUUCUCUCUUGAUAGCAUGGAUAAAGAUGAUGGCACGCGAUGCCAGCGUUCAACUGCUCGGUCGUGGACUGCCAAAACUUCGUCAAGAUCAACAGUUUGCACAGUGUUUAUUUUCGCCUUUCUGUCAGGAAUUGUUAGGAGUGUGUGUCCUUGUGUUUGAAUCAAUGAGUUCCAAAAUACAGGCGUAACGACUUUUUUUCCAGGAUGCCAGUAACCGUGAGAGUAUCUGAAAGAACGUUAUGUCCAUUCCUAUUUGCAUACAUCUUGACUUGUGCACGCCUUUCCGCAAUAAUAUGCUUUGCGGUGGAAAGUUCUUUGUGGGCAAAGUGCUGCAGUACACCGCAAUGGAAGCGACUAAUUGUAUGUAGGGGCACUGAGACACUCGAUUUGCCGACUGUCGUGCAUGGUGCACAUUGGUGCAAAUGCAUUUUUUUGGCUUAGCUCGACUGAGUGGAAUGUUCUACGCUUGCAAACAACAAACCCCUUUUUUUAUUUGAAACAAGCGUGUGGAAAAUCCUGGUCCUCAUGGUUUUGACUCUCGAAACAGUCU